AUGGAUGAACACAGCGAUGAUGAGUUGAAUAAUAUGAAAUUGGAAGGGGAGAAAAGCGUCAUUCUAAAAAUCAACGAAACGCAUGAACAAAUUAUUCAAUUGCUUCAAGAAAAGCCGUUGGAAACUGUACGACUUGUUAGUCGAAUUGUCCAUCUGACAUUGGACAACAACUUGGACAUCAAAGUAUGCCGAAGAUCAGUGAGAGCACUUGCAAAACACUGGAAGAAUUCCAGUUAUUACAAGAAACGGAGAUUUUCUUUGGAGAUGAAGUUCUACAUGCACUUGACUACAAGGAUCAUUUUCAUUCGAGAGCUCAUUGACAUUGGAGAGAAAAGUUUCUACUUGAAUAUGCUACCUCAGAAAUUACACUUCUAUUCUCCAAAUGUUGUGAAGUUUCAGAAGAAAGAAUACAAUACGGCUAUGGGAAUCGGAUGUAAUAAGAACGGUCGUCUAGGUGUUGGUUCAACAGAAGAGCAAGUUGACAUUAUGACACCAGUGAAUCUUCCGAAUGAGAUCAACUCUGUUAAUUUCGGUGCAAAUCAUACAAUUAUUCAGCUGCAAAAUCUUGAAUUGUAUGGAAUCGGAAAAAUGGCAAACUUUAUGGAAGGAAUGGCCGGUUCGGAUGAGAUUUGUGUCACUCCAAUGAAGUUAUCAUUCUACAAACAGGACCCGGCUAUUAAAACCAGAAUUAUCGUCAAAGAGGACUAUACGGAAAUAAAUGAUUACAAUAUGCAUUCAUCAUUGAUUAUUGGAAAUGCUGACACUCUAAGAAUAGAAAAAGAGAAUAUUCGAUGCUCUGGACCAAACUGGUUAAUUGAUAACACCCGAUUCAGAAAAUAUAAAAACUCUGAGGUGAUUGAUAGCAAUGAAGUCGAAGUUGACGUGUAUGAUGGAACUAAAAGAACGAUCAACAUCUUGGAGGAUUUGCAUUGGAUUGGAAAAAAUCGGAAGGAACGUGAAAUGACAAUCUUUAUGGAUGGUACCCAUGUAGAUAUAACAAAGCUCAAAUGCUUCAAGUGGAAGGGAUCGAAAGUGUUCGGAAUGAUUGAUGAAACUAUCUACUCGGGAAAAUUACUUUUGGUUCCAAGAGAAGGCGAGGAUGAUCAAUUUCCGGAUGAAGAUGUCGUUUUGAUGGCAGUCAUGGACGAGGUGGUGUGUCUAUGGUCUUUUGAUACAUUCGAAGUAUCGUCGGAUGGAGAGUCACUCAUUGCAUGGUCAAACACCCCAACGAAGCAACCAUCUCCCGAUAUCAACAGGCUCGAAAACUUCCGCCCAUACGAGAGUUUUGAAUCAUUCAAUUUUCGAGAAGUCAAAAAUAUCGAGAACUUUCAUGGACAUAAUCUUCUGACAACUUUCAAUGAGAUUUGCAACUCUUUUAGUCCUAGAACACUUGGCACACUGUAUACAAUUGCUGGAGUGCCAACGGUGACGUGUUUCAUUCGUGGCAUGCUCGCCCUUAUCCAUUUUUUGCGAGUGGAUGAACUCACUGGUCUCACAGAAGUAUUCGUGAAAAACGUGAGAAGUGACAGUACUCUAGAUGAGGCAGCUGUGAAGAGAGAAUUCGACAUGGCAAUGAUUGUUGGUAGCAAAAUUCCAGUGCUCGUCGUCAAGUCGGAGUAUACCUCAGUGGAAAGAGAAAAUGAGAUGAAAAAAUCAUCUCGUGAUCACAUUUUUGAUUUGAUGGACAAAGUCAAAAACCUUCUGAUCAAGUUCAAUUCACUUCCCUUAAAAUAUCGAGUGAAUCGAUUGGACACUGAAUUUGGAAAGUGGAUCGAGAAAAUACUCCGAUCGUGUAACGAGGGAUCAUAUGAAGGGCAGAACUUUAAGAACCGUUUGAUCCCCACAGACGAAAAGUAUCAAACUAAUUAUUGUAUAGCUGCACUGAAGACAAGAAUUGAGAGUGGGGACAUUGAUGGAGGUUUGGAGAGAUUUAAGAUAGUCAGAGUGGAAGCAGUUGCAUUCGUCGGUAGACACGAAAUUUCUCCAGACAACCCUUCAACGGGACAUCAUCGAGUCUACUGGAUGCACACUACAAAAUUUCACAUAAAAUGUAUAGAUGCAUCACUAUUAGAGCACAUUGACGAAGAAAAAGAUGUGCUAAACUUGAGUUUGAGACUGGUUGAUUCGUUCUUCGUGGUGCAAAACAGCCCAUUUCAUUUGUCAUCGUUUGAGAGAGAAAUUGACAUAGCAUCGGCAACCGCAUCGCUUCCAGUCAACGAGACCUACACUGUCAGAACUUUAGAUGGAAUUGAAAUGAAAGUACCGAAAGUUCUGUUCGAGAUCUUUUCGGAAUUCGAUGCUGCUAGAAAAAGAAAUAGUGAUGUCGAGGACACGUUCUAUCUUGACUAUUCAGCAGACGCCUUGAAACUUUUCUUGGCUUGUCUGCUGGAUGUCAGAGUUUAUUAUAGGGCCAGUAUAGAAUUGAAAAUGGAAGUCUACAAGCUCGCCGAGUUCGUUCUUGCCAAUCACUUUCGCGAUGAGCUCAUUCGAAUGAUUUUACUGAAAGCCGAAGAAAAAGAUCAUGCCCAUCUCGGAUAUCUCAUGUUGGAGAGACCGAAUGAGAUGAUUUCUCUCAUUGUUCGUCAUCGCCCAGAUAUAGUUUUCUUCUGGAAGAACCUGCCAGUUGAGCAAAAUCAUUUGGAAUUUAUUGAUAAACUCGCCAACACAAUCAAAUCCGAUCGCUUCAACAAAGUGGGCUAUCGUAUGUAUAGAGAGAUCGAUGAGCCAGAAGAACCGAAAGUAGAGAUUAGCCAGGAAUUUCUUCUUCAUUAUAUUUGCAAUGCAAAGCAGGAUAGCGACGUGAUUGAUGACUUCAAGGAAGAAUACCCAUCUAGAAAGAAGAAACUAACUAGGGCAAGAAAGCGAGCUAUCGGACAAUGA